AUGUCGCGUCGGGUGCGCGUUAACCAGUUCGAUCGUGUUGUCGGGAUUCUCCGACAAGCAGCUCUAAGUAAUGACAUGAGAGAAAAGUUGGAUUUUCUUCAUCAAGUUAGAGAACUCAUACUCAAAUUCGAUCGUUCACUUCUCGACAGCUUUUUUGAAGAGGUUGUUGCCUUUCAACACUGCCCACAUUCCAACUUAAAGCUUUUCGUUGUUAAGUUUAUUGAAGAUGCGUGUGUUGAAGACCCGCGUAUAAUAAAAAAGUCUAUUAUUUGUCUGUCAACUCUCUUUAAUUUAUGUCUUAACUCAGAGCCACCAAAAAGUGUUGUACUUCAGGCAAUUAUUGAUGCAAUGAAAACCAUUUACAGUCUUUCUCUCACUCGAGCUAUCAAGUUAGGAGUUAUCGAGUCAGGCGCAGUAAGUGGCGGUGGUAUAGAGGCAGAUUCCCUAGCAGACAUCUGUUUGGAAACAUUUCGUUCAGUAGUCACUUUCAAGGAUGAAAUAUUUCGCCUCCUCGUCCCCUCGGCUGUUCAAUUUUUACCUGGUUCAAAUUUUGCUCAGCACAAUCCAAUGUACCUUACCCGCCGCUGUGCGAGCCUUAGUGACAGUGUACGUGUAAGUAUUGUCAAUUUCAUUGAGGUAGUUGUACUGCACCAGUCGCGCAGACCAAACAAAUCAAAUGAACAAUCAGAUAUCACGUUGGAUCAAAUACCCGAUUUAACUAAUAACCUCUUACGAACUAUUGUUGACGCAAGUUCUGCUCAAUCUUCGUUAACGCCUCUUCCGGGAAUUUGUAUUGUUCGUCCAAAGCGCUUGGCAGAUGAAGCCGAUCGACUUUUAUCAGGCUUGAUGAAACUUCCCUUGAAGCAAAGUGAUGAUUUUGGAUUUACCUCCAUCGUAACAGGCCCAGUGUUUGAAGCACUCAUUGAUACGAUUGUUAGAAUUGCUUGUCAGAGACCCCAAUUCUUCAGUUUGGCUGUUCAAUCAUUUGAGUGCAUUCAUGUAAAUCUCCCGCCACAUUUCAGCCAGGCUGAAGUGAAUUCCGCUCGAUGGAAGUUGAAAUCGGCUCUAUUGUGCCUUCUGCAAAAUUCGAGUGAAGUUGGUCAUGAUUGGCAGAGUCGCAUUGUUAUUCUGCUUACAGAUCUUGGUGCUACUCAACAAGAGAUUUCCAGUGUUAUGUCAGUUAUAUCCUCUCAUGGUACAAGAUCUCAAAAACGCAGAUUUUCGGCCAUGCUAGAUGAUGAGGAGGAGGACGAGGAAGAAGACGAAGAAGGUAUCUUAGCGCCCCAGGGGAAUAAAAGAUCUCGCAUUGGAUCUGCUUCGAUUACAUCUGCUUCGGGCGCUAGGGACGUUUCAGGUUCUUCUAGAGCUUCGGUUGCUUCCAUCGAGGAGAUUGCUCUCUGUCUUGUUCCCAAACUCACUUGUCCCAACGUGGCUGAUUUAGUUCUUUUGAGCAUGGUCAACCUGCCAACCAGUAUGCCGCCUGUAUUCAAUUCCACGUACACUCCAAUCGCAGCGGCUGGGACUAACACACAAGUUAGUCAUUUGGCUCGUCUCCUUGCUGCUCAACUGUCCGUUUGGGUGAACGAUGAGGAUCCGGUGGUUGCUGCUGCUAAUCGAGAUCUCCUUGGCCAACUCCUUGAAAGUGGUUCUCCUGCAGGGAAAAAUAUCGAUACUGGAGUUGAAAUCAAGCCUAAAAAGACCCACAGACAGUCAAAACGGCAAGAAAAGAUUGAUGAAGAUGAUGAGGAUGCUUUCAUGAGAGACCAUGCUGCUAGAGUCCACAGUUCUAAACCCAUGAAUAUCAGCGUGGUUCAAGGAGCUUCUUCUCAGUCGGGAAUGGCUACUAACAAACCUUCCUUGCAUCCAUCAACUGGUCUGCUUUCUACCGCUGGCAUUACUCGUCCGUUUUCACUGGACAGACUGAUUGUCCGAUUGCCAAGCACUCAAAAACGCGAAUUUGUUCUUCAAACCUUCCAACGCAUUCUCAAAUUCGAACCUAGCAAGAGUAAAUUCAAUGAGGAGGGUCAUGUCCUCAAACAUGUUCUUUCUAAUGCGCCUCACCUUUCCCAUCAAGAGAAGAGUUAUGUAAAAAUCCUUUCCCAUCUACUCGUCCAUGGGCCCUUCACAAAAAAUCUUUAUAAUAUGUUCAUUGAAUAUGUGAUGAGCAAUCUAAAGGAUAACUUUGACUCUCUCGUUAGCCUUGUUGUUUAUGAAUAUACACACUUCCGAGGAUUUUCAUUUGAAGGAGCUGUUAUGGAGCUUCUCAAAAGUAGAGCCCCAGGCUCUUUGGAGGGUGGUAUUACUGAUAGUACCGAGGGCGGAGGAGAUCAACAAGAUGAAUCCAAUGAUGAAGCUAGAAGGCUCCUUCUAGAAUCUCAGCGCCAGUUGAUGGCUCUGAGAGCUCGUGAGGGCAACGAUGAAUCUGAUCAAAUUGGAUUACACAUGAACCCCUUACUUUAUGAGGGCAGAUAUGAUGAGACUGGAGAUGAUGCAAUGAUGAAGCCCUCUCGAAGGUCUGCGGAUGGCGAACGCUCCCUGGAAUUCUACGACAACAUGAUUAUUGAUAUUCUCUACCGUUUUUCUGACGCCUCCAUUAAAGCGCCCUACUUCGGUCGCUUUCUGUUCGAAAUACCAUUUCUCACAACUCGCGUGAUUACUUUUUUGAGGCAGUAUUGCACUGUACCAGAUAAUGCAGAGUAUGGUUUUGAGGUGGUUCGAAAUCUGAUUGAGUUGAAACAAACCCAGUGGAGAGAAGAGCUGCUUAAUCUUUUCUUGGGAUUCUCCGCUCAUGAAAACCAAAUCGUUCAAAAGGCGGCUAUUAAAUCUGCCUGCCAAUUGGCUCAGUCAAGUUCAAAAUGGGAGCAAAUUGUCGAGCAUCGUGCUAUUGAGCGCAUGAAGCGUAUUCUAGAGCCUGAACCGAAAAGUGAAAUGUUUGCUGAUCUGUGUAUUAAACCUCCUGAAGUGACUGACAAAUGGACUACCGAGACUUUCAAACUCUGUGGACAACUCUUUCUGGGUCUUCUGCCACAAAAUCCCGGAAAGCUUCUACCCUCUUUGAUGGACAUUUACAUGGCGGCUAAUGAUGCUGUCAGACUGCUUAUUAUACAGAAUAUUGACAAAGCGGGUAAUUGA